AUGGACGCACACAGUGCAUCAUACAGCUCAUACGAGGGUGGCGAUCUCCUCGACAACUCCCGCAUCCUCGCCCCGCAGACCGAGUACACAGACUCGGUCGAGGUGCAUCUGCUUGGAGGGGCCUUUGUCACCAUGCCUGUGGCCGAGUCUACUACCUUUGAUGAGCUCCGCUGCGACGUGGCCGUCCGCAUGGGCCUCUCGGCCGACGCCGCCGCCGCUUUUGACAUCUUUCCGGUUGUUGCCGGCUACGAGCGGCGUCCGCGGUCGUACCUCGAGGGCCGGCUGUCUGCUGGCGAGGAUCAUGGUCCGGCGGCGAGGGUUCCGCCUGUGGCGGCCUCGCUCAACCGAUCCGAGCUCUCGGGCGCCGUGCCGGCUCAGCCCGAAGCGGCGACGCGGGUGCUGGCGACGAUGCGCGAGUUCAAGGUGCUCGAGGAGCGAUACGUGACCAACAAGGCGCAUGAGCAUGCAGUCCCACACUCGUUCCUCGUGUUCAAAAAGUGGGACUUUUCGCCGGCCACAGAGACCAGCCUCGAGACCGAUCCGGUCGCGCUGCGACUGGUCUAUCAGCAGGCCGUCUACGGCGUCAUCCACGAGUGGCCGGUCAGCGACGACGUCAAGUUCUUCAUCGACCUCGCAGCGCUGCAGAUGGUGGUUGCGUUUGGCCCGUGCCCGCCCGCCCGCCACGCCGCUGGCUUCCUCACCUCGGACGGCGGCCUGCUCGCGCAGUACCUGCCCGAGCCGCUGGUUGCCGGCGCCACCCUCUUCCGCCUUCGCGAGCUCGAGGCCCGCAUCCUUGACGGCUACCACGGCCUGCAGCUGGAGACCACCGAGGCUGCCAUGGCCGCCUACCUAGCGCACGCGCGCAAACUUCGCAUGUACGGCGCAACUACGUUUGUGCCGGCCAAGGCGCGGACCUCGCUCAAGACCUCGAUCCACGGCCGCAUUGCCGUCGCCAUCUCGGAUUCGCGCCUUGGCUUUAUCGAGGCCAAGACCCGCAGGCUUGUGGGCUGCUAUCACUUUUCGCACGUCCUCCAGUGGGGCGGCGAGCACUCGCACACCUCGUGGACCUGCUCCAUCCUCUCGUCCAAGGUCCACUCGAUGCUGAGCUCCGGCUCGCACAAGCUCGACAACCGUGGCGCCCAUCUCGUCCGCUCGAACUCGGGCGAGCUGCAGCCUAUCGCCGCCGGUGAGAGCACCGUCUACAAGUUUGUCACGCCGCAGGGUCACUACAUCUCGUCUGCGCUCCACAAGGCCGUCCGCCAGCACAUGGCCGACAAGGCCGCCGGCCGCGUUCGCCGCGCUCACCACCGCUCGACCGCCGGCGACGCCGAGCCGUCCGCUUCGCCGCCGCAGAUCAAGUCGCCAGUCCUCAAGCCUGCUUCUAGCGACCGGCGCCCGUCGCGCGCCGAUGCAUCAUCGUCGGCCGCCGCGGCCGCACCUGUGCCUGCGCCGACGCCCGCCAACGACGAGCCCGAGCUGCCACUCUCGCCGACCUCGGGUCUGCCCGGCGUCGAGGCUGAGGACGCGUUCUCAGACUGGGACUACUAUGACGAUUAUGACCUCGAGCCGGCGCGGGUGUAAACUAGCUCUACUCGG